CUAGAACGAGUGUUGUUACUGACCGGAUAUAGGUCUCUUAUAUAAUCAUUUUACUUCUUCUAUUUCUUCUUUUUACGACUGUGCGAAUUUUUUUUCGUGUAUAUAUAUAUAUAUAUAUAUAGAAUAUUACAUAAAUACGUACAUAAAUAUAUACGUUAUAUAGAUAUAUAUAUUUAUGGAUCAUCAACAACAAGGACCUGUGUUGUCCCUUAAACAGGGAAAAAUUCAAGGUGUCAUUAAGUAUAAUGUUUGCAGUAAUAAUGACAAUUAUUUGGCAUUUCAAGGAAUACCUUAUGCGAAACCACCGAUCGGCGAGCUUAGAUUUCAGGAUCCAUUACCAGCAGAAGGAUGGAACGGGAUAAGGGAUGGCUCGAAAUUUGGUAAUAUAUCCGCACAAAUUGAUGUACUAUCUAGUGAAAUAAUAGGUAGCGAUGAUUGUCUCUAUCUAAACGUUUAUAAGCCAAAAAGAAUCGAGAUGUCUAUAAAACUGCCUGUAAUGGUAUGGAUUCAUGGAGGUGGCUUUUAUUUGGGAUCAGGAAACGAUGACAUGUACAGUCCUGAUUAUAUCAUUCGAAAGGACAUCAUACUCGUUACGAUUAAUUAUAGAUUAGGUGUAUUAGGAUUUCUUAACCUGGAAGAUGAGGUUGCACCGGGAAAUCAAGGCUUAAAGGACCAAGUAAUGGCAUUACGCUGGGUCCGAGAUAAUAUCGAAGUAUUCGGUGGUGAUCCUCAGAACGUAACUAUAUUUGGUGGAAGCGCUGGAGCAGCCUCGGUUCAUUAUUUAACAAUAUCACCGUUGGCAGAAGGAUUAUUUCACAAGGCUAUAGCGCAAAGCGGCUUAGCAACGAAUAGUUGGGCUAGCACAUCCAACGAACCAAGAAGAUAUGGUUAUCAGUUAUCAGCUAUGUUAGGUUUCAAAUCGUUCGAUCCGAAAGCCGUCGUUGAUUUUCUACGAAAAGUGGAGAUUAAGAUGCUCAUCAAAUAUCAAUCGUAUAUAACAUCUCCGAAAGAAAAAUUAAGAUUGUUCUCGGCGUUUCUACCUGGAGUGGAUUACAAAUCGAAGAAUCCAUUCUUAACGCAAUCACCGGAGAUUGCUAUAAAACUUCGUAGUAACGUACCGUUCAUGUUAGGGUUCAACAGUAUGGAAGGAUCCUUUUUUAUGAGUACUACUAAAUUCGCAUCGAGUAUGUUGAAAAUAAGUCGUCGAUUAAACGCCAACAUCAAGGAUUUAAUACCGCCGUCUCUCACGAAAAAACUCCAAGAAAAAAAUGUCACGAUAAAUGAUGUGGAACGUUUGUAUUUCGGUGAAAAAUCCUUCAACCAUGGAUCCUCCGAAAAUAUCAUGUAUUUUUUAGGGGACUUAAUGUUCACUCAUCAUAUUUUUGAGUUAGCACGAAUCUUGCCAAAGAUAAAUAAAUAUCCAGUGUUCUUAUACCAGUUCUCUUAUAUGUCCACAAAUACUACUUUUCUUAAGACGGCCUUGGACAUUCAGAUACCAGGAGCUACGCAUGGCGAUGAAUUGUUUUAUAUGUUCUAUGGGAAAUUACAAGAAUAUUUAUCUUUGAAACCACUUAGUCCUGGUACAAAAGAUUACAAAAUAAUGGAAUAUUUUACGCAAUUGUGGACUGAUUUUGCUAAGACAGGAAAUCCCACACCGACUACCACAGAACUUAUUCCUGUUUUAUGGGAACCUUUGGAAAAAAAUGGCAACGAAUACAAUUAUUUCAACAUCGAUGAGAAUUUACGAAUGGAAAGUAUUCCAAUAGGUAAACAAAGAUUUGAGUGGAAUACGAUACCGAAGAACAAUUUAUAAUCAUGAAUAAUGUUUUGUUUAAAAUUAAAUCAUAUCGAUAUCCAGACUAA